CUCCGCGCCCUGCGCCGCCGCCCAGCUCGCAGCUCCGCGCCACCGCGGCCAUUCUCACCUGGCGGCGCCGCCCGCCCACCGCCCCGGCCACAGCCCCUGCGCCCACGACGACAGCCGCAGCGACCGCGACAGCGGUGGGGGACGCUGCUGAGUCGAAGAGAACUCAGCCUGGCCACCGGACCUACUUACUCGCCUUGCUGAUUGUCUAUUUUUAUAAGAGUUUACGACUUUUCUAAAACUUUUGUAUACAAAGGAACUUUUUUUAAAAAAGACGUCUUGAAUAUAUAUUUAAUCCAAAGAAGAAGAAUCUCGGGCAAUUGGGUUGUUUCUUUUUUCUUUCUUUUUUUUUUUUUUCUUUUUGGUUUUUGGCUCCGUUUCUAAGGUGUUUUUUUUUUUUUACCCCCCCUCUUGACUUUGGGGUUCGGAUACCCCAGCUGCUUCGGGCACCCGAGGACCUUCUGGGCCCCACAUUAAUGAGGCAGCCACCUGGCGAGUCUGACAUGGCUGUCAGCGACGCGCUGCUCCCGUCCUUCUCCACGUUCGCGUCCGGCCCGGCGGGAAGGGAGAAGACACUGCGUCCAGCAGGUGCCCCGAAUAACCGCUGGCGGGAGGAGCUCUCCCACAUGAAGCGACUUCCCCCGGUGCUUCCCGGUCGCCCCUACGACCUGGCGGCGGCGACCGUGGCCCCAGACCUGGAGAGUGGCGGAGCCAGCGCUGCGUGCGGUGGUAGCAACCCGGCCCUUCUACCCCGAAGGGAGACGGAGGAGUUCAACGAUCUCCUGGACCUAGACUUUAUUCUCUCCAACUCAUUGUCCCACCAGGAGUCGGUGGCCGCCACCGUGUCCUCGUCGGCGUCAGUCUCAUCCUCUUCAUCCCCAUCGAGUAGCGGCCCUGCCAGCGCGCCCUCCACCUGCAGCUUCAGUUAUCCGAUCCGGGCCGGGGGUGACCCGGGUGUGACGCCAGGCGGCACCAGCGGCGGCCUCCUCUAUGGCCGGGAGUCAGCGCCGCCUCCCACGGCUCCCUUCAACCUGGCGGACAUCAACGAUGUGAGCCCUUCGGGCGGCUUUGUGGCGGAGCUCCUGCGACCCGAAUUGGACCCAGUAUACAUUCCGCCGCAGCAACCGCAGCCGCCAGGUGGCGGGCUGAUGGGCAAGUUUGUGCUGAAGGCAUCGCUGAGUGCCCCUGGCAGCGAGUACGGCAGCCCGUCGGUCAUCAGUGUUAGCAAAGGCAGCCCUGAUGGCAGCCACCCGGUGGUGGUAGCGCCCUACAGCAGCGGGCCGCCUCGCAUGUGCCCCAAGAUCAAGCAGGAGGCGGUUUCCUCGUGCACAGUCGGUCGACCCCUAGAGGCCCACUUGGGCGCUGGACCCCCGCUCAGCAAUGGGCACCGGCCUAGCGCGCAUGACUUCUCCCUGGGGCGGCAGCUCCCCAGCAGGACUACCCCGACCCUGAGUCCCGAGGAACUGCUGAGCAACCGGGACUGUCACUCUGCCUUGACACUUCCCCCAGGAUUCCAUCCCCAUCCGGGACCGAACUAUCCACCCUUCCUGUCCGACCAGAUGCAGCCACAGGUCCCACCGCUCCACUACCAAGGUCAGUCCAGGGGAUUCUUAGCUGGGGCUGGGGAGCCCUGCGUGUGCUGUCUCUCUGGGGCCCACGACAUGAUGUUGACCCCACCUUCUUCACCCCUAGAGCUCAUGCCACCUGGUUCCUGCCUGCCAGAGGAACCCAAGCCAAAGAGGGGAAGAAGGUCUUGGCCCCGGAAAAGGACCGCCACUCACACUUGCGAUUAUGCCGGCUGCGGCAAAACCUAUACAAAGAGUUCUCAUCUCAAGGCACACCUGCGAACCCACACAGGUGAGAAACCUUACCACUGUGACUGGGAUGGCUGCGGGUGGAAAUUUGCCCGCUCUGAUGAACUGACCAGGCACUACCGCAAACACACCGGGCACCGCCCGUUCCAGUGCCAGAAGUGCGACCGGGCCUUUUCCAGGUCGGACCACCUGGCCUUACACAUGAAGAGGCACUUUUAAAUCCCAAAUAGUGGAUAUGACCCACACUGCCAGAAGAGAAUUCAGUAUUUUUUUUUAACCUUUCACACCUGUCUUCCCACGGGGGGAGGAGCCCAGCUGACAAGCACUACAAUCUUGGUCAAGUUCCCCAGGAGUCAGCUUGUGAAGGAACGGAUGAUCAGUAGAAAGGAGGAAUGAAAAAGACAAAUCAAAGAACUGACGGGGUCUGUGACUGGAUCUUCUAUCAUUCCAAUUCUCAAUCCAACUUGAACAUGCCUGGACUUACAGAAUGCCAAGGGGUGACUGGAAGUUUGGAUAUCAGGGUAUAAAUUAGAUCCGAGAGUUGGGGGUGGGGGGAGGGAAGACCAGAAUUCCCUUGAAUUGUGUUUCCAUGCAAUAUUAAGCAUAAAGAUCACCUUGUAUUCUCUUUGCCUUCUAAAAGCCAUUAUUAUGAUGUUAGAAGAAGAGGAAGAAAUUCAGGUACAGAAAAAUGUGUUUUUUAAUAGCCUACGCGAUGGUGCUUGGUGAGUCUUGGUUCUAAAGGUACCAAAUGAGGAAGCCAAAGUUCUCAAACUGCUGCAUACUUUGACAAGGAAAAUCUAUUUUUGUCUUCCGAUCUACAUGUAUGACCUAAGUCAGGUAAAUACGCCUGGUUUACUUCUUUUACAUUUUUUAUGCAGACAGUCUGUUAUGCACUGUGGUUUCAGAUGUGCAAUAAUUUGUACAAUGGUUUAUUCCCAAGUAUGCCUUAAGCAGAACAAAUGUGUUUUUUUCUAUAUAGUUCCUUGCCUUAAUAAAUAUGUAAUAUAAAUUUAAGCAAACUUCUAUUUUGUAUAUUUGUAAACUACAAAGUAAAAAAAAUGAACAUUUUGUGGAGUUUGUAUUUUGCAUACUCAAGGUGAGAAUUAAGUUUUAAAUAAACCUAUAAUAUUUUAUCUGAACAAUGAUUUCAUUGUUUUGUUCUGGAGGAUCAUGUUAACAGAUUUCAGUUUAUACACUGGGGUAGAGGGCAUCUCAGAAGCAUGUUAAAAAGCCAACUUGUUCUGAACAGAGGUUGUAAAAGACUUGUUUUUUUAAGCUACUGUUUUACAAUCAGUACUACCAGAGCUGAGUACUGAAAAUUAUCAAAUUUAGAAAACAUCUGGUCUGGGUUGCUCUACAAAUGUACAUAAAACUACAUAAGAGCAGUUUUCUUAUUUGAAUGUGAUUUCCCAGGUAGAAACAGCUCAAUUAUUCUGUUCAGUUUUAAUAUGAAUAUUAAUAAACAUACACAUUUCAGUUUCACAUUUAAAAAAAUCUUCAUGGUUUGUCUUUAAUUAAAAGUAAGUGAAAAUAUACAAGUUUUUUCUCUCUGGAGGCCCGCUCUUGUGCUCCCCACGAAUUUUGAGUAACAAAGGAAUCUUCCCCAGGCAGACAACCAUAAGAACAGUUCCACAGUGCCCUCCUGAGGAUUAAAGGAUCUAUUCAUUCUGUUUGUGACAGGGUGUGUGUGUGUGUGUGUGUGAUCCCCAAAGAGGUCUGGAACAGCUUCUAGCAGUUUAUUUUAAAACUUCCUCAACUCCUCUGAAGACAGAAAUUGACUAGAAAAUUAAAAAUUAACUCAUUCAUGGUGCUGAGAAUGUGGCUCAGUAGUAGACUCUGCCUGAGUAAGAUUCUUGUUUGAUUCCCCAGCACCUUCAAAAUUAUUUGAAUUAACAAAACUAAUUAUAAAUUUUAAACUUUUAAAUGGUGUUUUUGCAAGUUCAUAGCAUUUUAUUUCUGUUUUUUUUCUACUUAGUUAUGCAUGACAAUAGAAUGCACUAUGACACAUCAUCAUACAUAAAUGGAGUAUAACUUCCCAUUCUUCUGGGUGUACAUGUUGUAGAGUUACACCAGUCAUCUAGUCAUAUCUGCACAUGGGGUCAUAAUGUCCAAUUCAUUCUACUAUCCUUCAUACCCCUCUCCCCUCCAUUCCCCAAUGCCUAAUCCAAAGUAACUAUUCUUCCCUGGCCCUCCCCCCAAUAUUUCUGUAGUUUUUUAAGUUUCAAAACUGCACUAUUAUAAUCUCAAGUGUCUUGAAAUGGGUGCCCAAGAGAGUCAAGUAAAUUCAUUUGUGGCUGUCACAAAAUGGAAAAGCAUUUGUGACACUUGUUGACACCAUAAUGGUGAUAUGAGUGACUAACAAGAUCAUCAGGGGGACAGAGCUGACUGUCAUUUUCCUUAGAGUGCUUAUUAACUGUCCAUUAUAUCUAGUGUCCAGAGUUGUGUUGGCUCCAUUGUUCACUUAUAAAUGGAAUGAAAAGAAAUUCACGAGAGGCUCGUGGUGGAUCAACACAAGGUAUUGUCUUUGGCUUUUAGGAGUCCAGCCCAACUGGAAAGCAUGGCAUGUGUCUUUGCUUAAAAGAAAACAGGUGCAUCAAUAGGAUGGAAUUUUAUGUAGCCAAGAACAUAUUCAAAGCAUACUUAAUGACAUAGAAAAUGCUCAUGGUAUGUUAAGUGGAAAAAAAGCAGGUUAGAAGACUAUUAAAAUUUCAAAUGUGUGCCUUUCUUUGUGUGUGUGGGGGGGAUAGAAAAAAAAUUGAAAAUUAACAAUUAAUUGGUAAUUAAGAGAAAAACCUGGAAGGAAAUGCCAAAAUAUUAAAUUUUCCUUUUCUGCAAUUUCUAAAUAUUCUAAAUCAAGUGCAAUAUGUAAGGAGAAUUUUUUAAAAAUUAAAAAUAUUUAGACUUUUUUUCAAAAGAGUAAAGUUAUAGACACAUUUUCCUUGGUAUUAAAUUGUGUUUGUUGCUCUUAAAAUAAUCCACUUAUACAGAAAUUUCUGGCAAAGUGUUGAUGUAUGAAUAUGUUUAUUGAGUGAUUGUUGCCAUCUUUUCCGCUAAGUGCCUGUUACCCCAUAGAAGAAACAUCAUGAUAAACUGUCAAAACAUUUUAAAUUGAUUCAAAAUUUUCUGAUGUCAUAGGGAAACAUUGCUACACAUUAACUUUUUGUAACCUGAGAAAGAGAGCUUCAAUAUCAAAAAUGAAUGAGGAAGAUUUCCCCAAAAUGUAACAGAACAAAAUGCUAUUUAACACACACAAAUACUUCAACUAUUUGGUCUUACACGUAUCAGUUCUGCACUCCUAGGUGUUCUGUCAUUACGGUGUUAUAGAGCCAUUUACACUGUAUAAUAAAAGAGCACCUAAUAAUUGAGAUGCCUGCUUAUUAUAAUUUUUUCCUUAUGACAUUUAAUUUUAUAUGGCUUGUGUGCCUACAACCACAAAGGAUUAACAAUAGUGGUUUCUAGCAAAAUAUUCUUUUGACAAGCAUACAUACCUGACUCUUCCAACCGUGUUUCGAUUUGUAAAACUAAAACUGGACUUUCACCAUCACGAGUAUGGUCGGGGAAUAAUUCUUUUCAAAAAUUAUUCCUAAUUUUAGAAAUGGAGAUUAACAAUUUUUACAUACAAUUUCUCAAUUUCUUUUACUUUUUUU